AUGGCCAUCAACUACUUGAUCCUGCUCUCCCGGCAGGGCAAGGUGCGUUUAGCAAAGUGGUUCACCACCUUGUCUCCUAAGGACAAGGCGAAGAUUGUCAAGGACGUCUCUCAACUAGUCCUCGCUAGACGAACUCGCAUGUGCAAUUUUCUCGAAUACAAAGAUACUAAAAUCGUAUACCGCCGUUAUGCCUCCCUUUUUUUCAUCGCCGGCUGCUCCUCCGAUGACAAUGAAUUGAUCACGCUCGAGAUCAUUCACCGCUACGUUGAACAAAUGGAUAAAUACUACGGCAAUGUUUGCGAGCUCGACAUCAUUUUCUCCUUUACUAAAGCAUACUACAUUCUGGACGAGAUAUUAUUAGCAGGAGAGCUUCAGGAAAGCAGCAAGAAGAACGUCCUCCGUUGUAUAGGACAACAAGACUCCUUGGAAGAUAUGGAGGUAUGUUUUUUUGAACUGUUGAAAAGGUGUCAUGGAUACUCGUGGCAUGCUGAUUUCCUCCCCCUUCGCGACUUCGACGUCAUCACCUCAACGCUGAACUUCAGUACUGCUGAGUGCCGCGUUAAGGGCGGAUGCGAUCUUUAUACUACCAAGGCCGCUGGCUCGGAUAAAAAGCUAUACAAGUCUAUUGAGAGUUCUCUUGAGGCCCAACAUGCCUCGCUCAUCAAGUUCGGCGCGUCGCUGUCGCCGCCACAACGUAAGGAGAUGGCUGCGUCACUGAACUUGUCGCGCUCGAGUCCCUUUGGUUCCCUGAACGAAAUCUCCAGCCGUCGCACAUUCGCCUACCUAAUCGCGACCCUCAAUGCGAGCCAUCCUGACUACGAUUUCUCGCAUGUAUUACGUCCUACGGACUUCCGUCGCGAGCGCGACUUGCGCAUUGUCAUGGCCAAUCUAGACAACACAUUGAAUAGUGUGCGUCCCCUGGGUACUUCACUUUUAUCGCCAAAUGCGAAUUCGUCAUUCCGCUCCUACAGCAGCUCCCCUGCAGCUCAUGCCGCCGCGGGUAGCGAUGCGAUUAGUAGUCCAGCUUGGGGCCCUUAUGUAUGGACUAUGAUUGAUAAGGAGAUGAUUUUGAAGGACUGCAUGGUAUUCUCGUACGAUCCUGUGGAAGAUCCCUUUGACGGUGAUGAGGCUGCGAUAUGGCGCAUCCAUUACUUCUUCUUCAACAAGGACAAGAAGCGUGUCGCCUAUCUAUACGUUCGAGGCCUACCCAUCCUCGUCAACUCUCCCGCGCUUGCACCUCACAGACGUGGUAGCGCCGGUUUAUCGAAGCGCUACGCAACACCCUUACCUGGUAGCUUCGGCGCGAAUAAACGCGCCAAAUACUGGCUAGGAGAUCAACUUGCGAACCAAGUAAUCGAUGAUGGCGACGAGGACAAUGAUGAUUAUGACGAUGAUAUGGUUAUGUGUGAUUUUGAUGAGGAUGUCGAGAUUGACCCACUGAAUGAUCCCUCGAGUGAUGAAGAGGAGAGUGACCAAUAUGAGGAAGAGAGUGAGGAGAGUGAAGUGGAAGAUGUCGCACAUUCCGUUAGAGGCGUGAGUGAAGAUAUUGCUGCAAGGAUGGAGAUGUGA